AUGCUAGCAGAGAUGUACAAAAGAAUUCAAAAGAUUAAGAAGUUUUAUCAGUCAAGGAAGAGCCAGAGAACAGUGUUGGUACAUAUAACCGGAGAGAAGAUUCCUUUAUAUGGAAGUGGUGCGACUUUGACACCGCCAGCGCCUCUGGCUCCACUUCCGAAACCCAAAAAGAAGAAGAAAGGAGCUCCAGUCGUUAUUCCUGACCCGCCCGCACCUCCUGCACCAGUGCCAAUGAAGCUCGGUUUCAUUGUUCGAUCACGAGCUUACGUGUUGGGAAAGUUAGUGAAGCCUAAGUUCCUCAAGAAAAUCGAGUGUGACAUCAACUUCGAACACAAGAAUCUUAACAAGCAUAUAGCUAUCACCAAGAAUUGCACCGUUACUACUGUCUGA